AGUCACACAAGCUUCCAGUGUAACGUUAUAGUCGGUCGGUUAUAUGUAGCGAAGUAUUGAUUUAAAAGGAUCGCUCGCUUAAGACGCGGCUUAUUUACACAGAUUGCACCAACCGUGACAGUAGAACCGGUUUUGGUAGAAAGAGUCUAGCAGUUUUAUUAKAUGUGCUCCUGUGAUGAUUAACCCGUUAUAGUUGACAACCGCCACUUAAAGGAUUAAACGAUGAAUAGAAUCCGUUAAAGGAGGAGUUAUACCUUUUGUUUCUUUCUGUAUAAAAACGGCUCCAACAUACCGUGACCAGAUCAGUAACGCGGAGACAGAAGCGGUGCAAACAUCGRAAGAMGAUACCAAACUCAGGACCCAACUACAAGACAAUCACCCAUGGCAAGCUACAAUAACGUAUACGGACAAGAUACGCGCGACCACAACGGCGUUCCUGAGGUUAUUCGCAACAUGGCCCAACGAAGACGACAACUGAACAACGAAGAGCCGCGAAGAAGUGCAUAUGCACAGCACCCCAACACGGUAUACCCAAAUCCUGGUCAGCCUCAACAGCAUACAUAUAACGUAGAUGUUGUUUGUGACCAAGGGAGGCAACAAAGACCAACGCAACCACCAUCGCAACAAUCUAUGUUUACGGCCGCCGCGCAACAGACGGUUGUUGCACCGCCGCACCCUUACACCGUUGCUACCAACAACUGGGAAUACCCUGGUCAAUAUCAUCAACAGUAUUACCAGCAGCAYAUACCACCACCGGACCAACAACAUCAUCUCAUGUACGGGCAACAGCAGGCACCGCGGCAUSUAACGAGAGAUUAUAACAGAAGACGACUUCAUUAUCAGGCACGGCCUCGCGAUAGUAGAUAUUACACAGAUCACCGUGUUGACAAGAGUGAUCGCAGUAGAUACAACGGCGAUGGUAGAUUUAACGCGCAACAAGACAAUCGCAACAUCAGACCGGCUCAGUCGUAUACGCGACACGGUCACCGGACAUCACCACCAUCGCGACGCGUUGAAAGCAGCGGACCAACAACAACUCCUGUAAACAACCCGACCACCUCUUCAACAUCACAACACCAAAGGAGAGGUUAUCAWUUAAAACGGCAACAUUUUGAAACAACAAAGACCCAACAACGUCAGAGCGGUACAGCAUUAGAAAAAUCAACAACAAGGCAACAACAAAGAGUUGAGGAGACGACGUCGCAUAUACAUCGCCGCAAACGCAGCUGGUUAAAACCACAAUCGAGUAAAUACGAGGAGUCAUCUUCCAAACGCAUUGUUACCCCGCGCGGCAAUAGAGAGCACGCGUCUUCUUCCGAUAGCUCAGCAACAUCAGACUCGUCCGACGAUGACGAACCCGCGCCAAAAAAACCCAAGUCUGUGGUGUCGCGUAAAGCGGCAAAGCUUGAUACAAGUACAUCUGAAUCAUCAUCCUGCUCAUCAUCAUCAUCAUCAUCAUCGGACUCUGACACUGAUGACGAUGGCUCCGGUCCAGUAAAGAACUUCUGA